GCCGUGAGCCAGCCCGAUUGGUACCAUGGAGGGCAUCGCAAUCAAACUGGCCAAGGACCGCGAGGCGGCCGAGGGCCUGGGGUCGCACGAGAGAGCCGUCAAGUACCUCAACCAGGACUACGAGACGCUGCAAAGCGAGUGCCUGGAGGCCGGGGCGCUCUUCCAGGAUCCUUCCUUCCCCGCCCUGCCGUCCUCUCUGGGCUUCAAGGAGUUGGGGCCCUACUCCAGCAAAACUCGGGGCAUCGAAUGGAAGCGGCCCACGGAGAUCUGCUCUGACCCCCAAUUCAUUGUUGGAGGAGCCACCCGCACAGACAUCUGCCAAGGAGCCUUGGGGGACUGCUGGCUGCUGGCUGCCAUCGCCUCCCUCACCCUGAAUGAAGAAGUCCUGGCUCGGGUUGUGCCCCUAGAUCAGAGCUUCCAGGAGAACUACGCUGGCAUCUUCCACUUCCAGUUCUGGCAAUAUGGCGAAUGGGUGGAGGUGGUGGUGGAUGACAGGCUGCCCACUAAGGAUGGGGAGUUGCUCUUUGUACACUCGGCUGAAGGGAGCGAGUUCUGGAGCGCCCUGCUGGAGAAGGCCUAUGCCAAGAUCAACGGGUGCUAUGAAGCACUCUCAGGCGGAGCCACCACAGAGGGCUUUGAAGACUUCACAGGAGGCAUUGCUGAGUGGUAUGAGUUGAGGAAGCCUCCUCCCAACUUGUUCAAGAUCAUUCAGAAGGCUCUGGAGAAAGGCUCUCUUCUCGGCUGCUCCAUCGACAUCACCAGUGCUGCGGAUUCGGAGGCAGUCACGUACCAGAAGCUGGUGAAAGGACAUGCGUACUCCGUCACCGGAGCCGAGGAGGUUGAAAGCUCAGGAAGCCUGCAGAAGUUGAUCAGAAUCCGGAAUCCCUGGGGACAAGUAGAGUGGACCGGGAAAUGGAAUGACAACUGCCCCAGCUGGAACACGGUUGACCCAGAAGUGAGGGCAAGGCUGACUGAACGACAGGAGGAUGGAGAGUUCUGGAUGUCCUUCGGUGACUUCCUGAGGCACUACUCUCGCCUGGAGAUCUGCAACCUGACCCCUGACACCCUCACCUGUGACUCCUACAAGAAGUGGAAACUCACCAAGAUGGACGGGAACUGGAGGAGAGGCUCCACUGCAGGAGGCUGCAGGAACUACCCAAAUACCUUCUGGAUGAACCCUCAGUACCUAAUCAAGCUGGAGGAAGAGGAUGAAGAUGAUGAGGGUGGGGAGAGGGGCUGUACCUUCCUGGUGGGCCUCAUCCAGAAGCAUCGGCGGCGACAGAGGAAGAUGGGCGAGGAUAUGCACACCAUUGGCUUUGGCAUCUACGAGGUUCCAGAGGAGCUAACAGGACAGACGAAUAUCCACUUGGGCAAGAACUUUUUCCUCACCACCCGGGCCAGGGAGCGGUCAGAUACCUUCAUCAACCUCCGGGAGGUACUCAACCGCUUCAAGCUGCCCCCGGGGGAGUACAUCGUCGUCCCCUCCACCUUCGAGCCCCACAAGGAUGGCGAUUUCUGCAUCCGCGUCUUCUCAGAGAAGAAGGCCGACUACCAAGUUGUGGAUGAUGAAAUCGAGGCCAACGUUGAAGAGAUUGAAGCUAAUGAGGAGGACAUUGACGAUGGUUUCAGAAGGCUGUUUGUUCAGCUGGCAGGAGAGGAUGCGGAGAUCUCUGCCUUUGAGCUGCAGACCAUCUUGAGAAGAGUUCUAGCCAGGCGCCAAGAUAUCAAGUCAGAUGGCUUCAGCAUUGAGACCUGUAAAAUCAUGGUGGACAUGCUAGAUGAAGAUGGGAGUGGCAAGCUGGGGCUGAAGGAGUUCUACAUCCUCUGGACGAAGAUUCAGAAAUACCAAAAAAUUUACCGGGAAAUCGAUGUUGACAGGUCUGGAACCAUGAACUCCUACGAGAUGCGGAAAGCCUUGGAAGAAGCAGGUUUCAAGCUGCCCUGUCAACUCCACCAAGUCAUCGUUGCCCGGUUUUCAGAUGACGAACUCAUCAUCGAUUUUAACAACUUUGUCCGGUGUUUGGUUCGGCUGGAACUGCUAUUCAAGAUAUUCAAGCAGCUGGAUCCCGAGAACACUGGGAAGAUACAACUCAACCUUCUUUCUGACACAUUCUUCAUUGCUUUCAAGCUACACUGUCAUUAAAGGACAAGGAAACAGAAGGGUGGCGUGGUGAUUUAAGAGAAGACACUCACCAAUGCACUUUCCAGAUUCAUGGCUGAGCCUUGCUAAAAACCCAAGAUACUAAAACAUGGCAUGUGGAGCACACUUCUCUAGAAGAAAUUGCCAGAGAACCAAGAGUAUCUAUCUAAGUUUAGGACGAAAACUACAACCUUUCUCCCAGUCUGUUACAAUUUCAUGACCUUCUGAGAAUUCAACAGUCUCUCUGCUUCCCCUUGAGAACAAUCCUCCAUCUCAUUAACCAGGGCCAUUUCCUUACUAGGGAAUUAAAUUUAUUCAAAGAAUUCUGUUGGACAACAUGGAAAUUAUGGUUAAAAACAUGUAUAUUAAUUGAAAACUGGUUAGCAGAUUUUUUUCAUCACAAAAUAAGUUAGCUAUGUAAGGCUAUGCAUCUUUGCCUGACUUAGCCAUUUCAUAGAUAUAAAUCUGUUAUUUAAAGCUAGGUUAGGGGCUGGGAACACAGGGCUAGCAAGAUGGUUCAGCAGGUAAGGACACUGGCUGCCAAGCUUCGUGAACCUUGCUCAAUCUCCAAACUCCCCAACUGUCUUCUGAACACCACACACUUACUGUGGCACACACACACACAUACAUAGUAAAUGUUUUUAAAACUCCUUGAAACUCAUGUUCUAUACUGCAAAUAUGCACAAUUAGUUAUUAAUUUGCAAUAGAUGAGCUAGGUAGGUGAGACAUAUCUGUAACCCUGGCACUCAGAAGGCAGGAGGAUUGAGUUUGAAGCUAGCGUCAGCUACAUAGCAAGACUGCUUCUUCCCCUCCCCACAAAACGGGAGGAGGCGCUCAUCUAAGCAUGGUGUGGGAACAACUAUAAUCCCAGCACUUGAGAGACUAAGGCAUCAUAGAGCUGGAGAGAUGGCUCAGCAGAUGGUUUCACAACAAAUGCUGCUGUCUGGAAAGCAGCAGUUAAGAUACAGGGAAUGACUUAAAAUGGACAUUUGACAGGGAAUCACUGUCAGAAUCCAGAAUGCCAGGUCCCUGGGUCAAAGUCACCUGAAAGACUGAGCAGAUGAACUUUAGCAGACAGGUGUGGCAGGCUUCUACCUGGCAGCUAUGUGACAGACUUGUCUAUGUGACAGUUGAUGAAAACCCACCAGGGCUUCACAUGGACGGCCUCACCGUGAGCACACUGAGCUAUGAAGGCUUCACAUGGACGGCCUCACUGUGAGCACACUGAGCUCGGAAGGCAGGCGUCUCUAGUCUUUCCCACCAUCGGCUUAUCCAGCACAGAAAUGUUCCAACUGGAUCAGCAGAGACAGAACCCAGUGCCACGUGGAUGCGUCAUCUCCACCCUCUUCCCGUAAGCCUCUUUCCUGUUCCUUACCAACAGCAGAUCCGCAUCUUUUCCUUCCCGUCUACCUCUACGCUUCCUCACUCUUUCACACACCCAGCACACCUCCGUGAACACAGGCCACACAUAACAAGAGCCAAGCCCAUCAAAGAGCUUGCUUUGGAUCUUCCUACUUCCAUUCCCCAAGUGCUGGGGAUAUGGGCAUGACCCACGGCACCGGGCUUAAACCUAUGGAAGAGCCUAACGCAAAAAUCUUGGAAACACAUUAUUCUGGCUUUCAAACCUAUUAAUACUUUCCUAAGUAUAGUCAGUUGCCCUGUAAACGUGGCUGUGAGUCUAAAUUAAAGACAUCAGAAACCUAAGCUUUAUGUAUUUUUUUUUAAAGAUUUUAUGUGUCUGAGUGUUUUGCCUGCAUGCAUAUGCCUGUACCAUGUGUGUGCAGUGAGCAGGCAUCUAGAACUAGAGUCCAUAGAUGGUUAAGAGCUGCCAUAGAGGUGCUGGGAACUGAACUUGGGUCCUCUGCGAGAGCAGCAAGUACUCUUAGCUGCUGAGCCAUCUCUCCAGCCCAGGAUCACGUCUUACUAACAAAGGCAGUAAAUCGCACUGGACCUACACAACAGUUCAUGCAAAGCUCUGCUUUACCAUACAUGGAACAUGGUCAGUGUUAGAGCGACUUACUCCUAGCAAGUUGCGUGGAACAUAGCCUUCCUUGUCAUGGAGGCGUGCCCACCACCACUCGAUUUCAUCCUCAUCUUCUCUGCGGACGACGGUCAUGCAAUCCCCUUCUCUCAUGAGCAGCUCAUCUUCAUUCUGGGGCUCAUAGUCCCACAGUGCAUAAAUGACUCCUUUGUUCAUGAUGCCCAUCUUCUCCUGAACUCCUACAGCAGGGACAGAAGGGAGCGACCGCACAGGAUUCAGCUCUCAGAUUACACCACUCCUAAGAACUUUAAACGCUAUCAACAAUAGGAAAAGGAUACUCACUAGAGCGUCACGACUACAGUAAGCAUUCAAGAAAUAAAUGUCCCAGCAUGAGACAGAAACUGGAAACCCAGCAGUGUUUACAGAACACAGAACGAUGCCAUGCUACAAGGCCCAAAACAGGCACCUUCUCUGCAUCUCACAGAGCUUGCCUUCCCCAGAAAGGAAGCCUUCUGCUAGCCCAGGAACUAAAAGAAAAACUGCUUGAAUCCAAGGCAUUAAAAAGGAAAUGACGGGCUUGUCAACUUUCGGCUUACUUCUAAGCAUAAUGACCAAGGAGCCCUGUAACUUCAGUCUUCACCAGACACCCAGAGCAAACAGGGAAACUUUCAAAGAGCUCUACAGCAAUUCCUAGUACUUUUAAGAAAAAGGACAACAUCAUGUGUUAGAAAGCAGAACACAGCAGGUUAAUGAGACAGAAAAGUCUAUAUAUGGCUACUUUCUAUACAUGGAAAAUCAGAAUUCUGGAUGCUGAAAUCAACAAACAGGGCAGAAGAAAAUCCUCAAAAGGCCAUUGCCCAGGAGUUAUUUCAUGACUGUGAGUUAGGUCUAGCUUCCUCAUUGUGUACCCUAAACGUGAAGGGUGGCACAAGGCUAGAGAAACUAGACACCCUGGCACCACUGGAAGCAGGCAGAGGGAGGUGAGCGGGGCAUGGCAACAAGGUUUCUGCCAUUAAUUUUCAUUUACCUUUAUGUCUUAAAAACACAUGAAAAUAUCUGCUUGACUUUUGAACAUGUUUUUCAACUCUGAGCUCCCAAAAAUUAGUAGUUAGCCUAUGACAAUUAGUGUAUCAAUUAAUAACUAGCAUGUGCUGUAUCUCUUGCUCUGGGAAAAACAAAACAAAAAAACUCCAAAGAAAUGAAAGGUUCUCUUCCAAAAACCAAUAAAACCUUUUAAAAUGACAUGAAAAACAGGAGAGGACAAAAGCUGGUAGUGUCAUUAGGUGGGAAAUCAUUCAUGAAGCUUGUAUAAGCCCCCAGGUUUCUACCCCAACACCACAAACAAGACUUUAGGACAAAACCUCACACAAAUGUAACUCUGCAAGGUUGUAAAGCUUCAUUUUGUUUUUGUUUGGGAUGGGAAUGGAAAGAAAUCCUAGUUACUUAUAAUACACUCAAAUUAGCAAUUCAAGUCCCAGUUUUCAACAGAAUUUCCAUUAAGAAUGGGGGUGGGAGGGAGAGAUGCUAAGUUAAGAGUACCAGCCACUCUUCCAGAGGACCUGGGGCUCAAUUCCCAGCACCACCCACAUGGAGGCUCACAGCCCUCUCUAACUCUAGUUCCAAAGGACCCAAUGCCCUCUUCUGGUCUCCAAGAGUACUGCAUGAUGGUGGCGCAUAGGCUAAAAGAAAAUGUAAUAUGAAAAUAAAUUUUACAAAAGAUCCAGCUAUCAGAGAGAUCAGGUUCUUCUCCCUAAGUCAGGAGCUGUGCCCAGGCCAUCAUCAGUGACCCUUCAUAAUGUAUCCUCACCCCUGACAUCUGUGAUAUAAUUCAGGUACCAAAAGAGUCUGACCAAAAAGCC